GGCUGUCCCGACGUCUCCGGUCGGGAUUAGCGGGGGGUCGGGCACCCAGAGCCCGGGGGGUGCUGCAGCCCCGGGUGACCCCCUUGGGGUGCCCGGCGAGGGGCGGUGCCGCCGGCCCCCCUGAGCCCCGCGCUGUCCCUGCCAGGGGGUGCUCCCCGAAGUGACAUUCGAGGAAGUGGCCGUAUAUUUCUCCCCCGAGGAGUGGGCGGAGUUGGCGCCCUGGCAGCGGGCCCUGCACCGAGAGGUUAUGGGCGACAACUACGACCUGGUGGCCAGCCUGGAGCGGGGCUCCGGAUGUGUCCCGGGUGUGAGGAAUGAUGGUACCAGGGAACACUGAGAGUCCUUCCUCCCACACAGACCCCAACUCCAAGUUCACCCACAUGAAGGAGGAGUCACACGGGGGGGUUCCCUGCGCCGGGGAGCACGGCAGAGCUCCCGACACUGCAGACAGCUGUGCCUGGAGUGGUUCUGACAGCAAGGACGACGCCGGGGGACACUGGGAAUUGGGUUCCGAUGUCUCCCGCUCUGGCUGGCGUGACUCCGAGCCGGGGGGCUGCGCCAGGGCCCUCUCCCGGGAGGUGCCGGCGGCGUCGGGGCCCCUCAUCGCCGGCACCCGCGGGCCGCGCUCCGGGCCUGAGGCCGCGCUCCGGGCGCACCCGGGCCGGCCGUACCUGUGCGUCACCUGCGGCAAAUCCUUCCGGCACCGCCGCAGCCUCCUGGCGCACAAGAAGCUGCGGGGGGGGAACCGGGCCCGGCACGGCUGCGCCGACUGCAGCCGCACCUUCUGCCUGCGCGGGGACCUGCUGCGGCACCGCGACACGCACCGGGCGCUGCCCCGGGGCCACCGGCGCUUGGCGGGCGCGGCGGGGCCGGGCGAGGAGCGGCCCUUCGUGUGCGGGCGCUGCGGGCGCAGCUUCAGCUGGAGGGAGAGCCUGGAGGUGCACCUGCGGGAGCACCGCGGCCCCGAGCGCGCCCACCCCUGCCCCGAGUGCGGCCGCGUCUUCUCCCGCCGCGAGUACCUCCGGCUGCACCGCCGGGCGCACUCCGGCCAGCGGCCCUUCCCCUGCGCCCGCUGCGGCCGCGCCUUCGCCUCCCGGGCCAACCUCAGCACGCACCGGAGAACGCGCCGGCGCUGCCGCCCUCGCAACCUGGAGCCCCGCAGGGACGAGGACCUGCCUCGGGACAGAGGCCCCCGCGGGGACAGGGACCCGCCUGGGGACAGAGGCCCCCGCGGGGACGGGGACCCACUCAGACACAAGGAUAGGGACCCCCGUGGGGACGGGGACCCACUCAGGGAGAGGGAUAGAGACCGGUACCCCUGUGGGGAUGGGGACCCACUCAGGGACAGGGACCGGUACCCCUGUGGGGAUGGGGACCCACUCAGGGACAGGGAUAGGGACCCCCGUGAGGACGGGGACUCACUCAGGGACAGGGUUAAGGAGCUCCGCGGGGAUGGGGACCCGCUCAGGGACAGGGACCUGCUCAAGGACAGGCACCCCCGCGGGGAUGGGGGCAUGCUUGGGGACAGGGAGCCCCUCGGGCACAGGGACCUGCUCAGGGCCGGGGAACCCCUCGGGGUCAGGGACCCCUGCGGGCACAGGGACCUCCCAGCGGGUGACCAGCAGUAGCCGCGGGACCGGGUUGUUGUGCCGGUGCUCCGAUGGAUGUGACCUCGCCGGUGCCGCGGCUUCCCCAGGGCACCCCUGGAGCCACGAGCCCCUGGAGGCUUCUGAAAGCCAGGGACUUCUCCGUGUCCCUUUAGACCUUGGGAAAUCCCUCCAGCAUGUGUUUCCAUGUUCCCUUUGGAUCUUAAAGUAUCUGGGAUGUUGCCCCACGUCCCUUUGGACCUUGGAAAAUCCUUCUGGGAGGUUUCUCCGUGUCCGUUUCGCACCUUGGAAAAUCUCUCCAGGACAUUUCUCCGUGUCUCUUUGGACCUUGAAGUGCCUUUGGACCUUGAAAUGCCCUCCAGUGCGCUUCCCAGUUCUUCCAGACCCUGGAAAAUUCCUCUGGGAUGUUUCUCCAUGUUACCUUCGCACCUGAGAAAAUCCCCCAGGGUUGCUUCUCCGUGUGCCUUGUGACCUUGGAGUAUCUUUGGACCUUGCAAAAUCCCUCUGGGUUAUUUCUCCGUGUUCUCUUCAGACACUGAAGUGCCUUUGGACCCUGCAAUGUCCCUUCGGGGCAUUUCCCAGUCUGUGCCAGUGCCACCAGUGCCCUGCCCCGUGUCAGUAUUUAAAGCCAGAAGUUUAUUCAACUCAAUUUAUUUUAAUUUUUUCAUUUAUUAUUCUUUUCUAUUCUUUCUGUUUUAAUUAAUUCUGUUUAAGUUACUCCAGUUGUUCUCUUCUGCUUAGUCCAGUUCUCCUACUCCAUUCUGUUCUUCCUAUUCCAUUUAAUUCUAUUUAUUUCUAUUCCAUUUAUUCUUUUUAAUUAUGAGGAAGGGCAGGGAGGGAGGAAGAGGAAGAAGGAAGGGAGGGAGGGAGGAAGGAAGGAGACUCCUCUGGGGUCUUUGUCAUGGUUGAAGCAUGACAGGGCUCUUGUGGCAGCAGGAGCCACCUCGUGUUCCCUCAGUGUCCCCGCUCCCCCAAAUAAACAAGCACCAAAAAUCUGA